UCACAUGAUAGGAUCUUUGACACAACUCACCUCGAAAUACUUCUUUCACAAUGGCUUUUAGCGCGGGUUUCAGACGAUGAGUCGAGCGGUCUCGAUAAUCAUUCUUACACUGAUCAAGUAGCGAAUAAAAACCAAAAUUGCCUUCCACCAUUUACCCCUUGCUUGCGGCACGCCCCUCCUACCGACAUCGAUAAUCUCGAAAACACAACCCUCAUUUUUCACUCCAACCUCUCACCCCGAAUGACAACGAAUGUGUUCGAGCAUGACCCGCAUUCCUGCCUCGCGCUUUUGCCAAACACAACUACAAAGCAUCUCCAUGUCACCCUCUACCUCUAUGCGUAGAAUUCCGAUAUCUCGAGCCCUCCAACGAUCUUUCAGACCCUCGCUCCACCCCUUUCAUAAGUUCCCCUCGAGUGUUACCGCCAUGCGAGGAAUCGGCUCCUGCCACAGCUCUCUCGGCUUCUGCACGUCUCCUCAGUUGCGAUCUGGACGAAAGGACAAAUACUGGGAACAGAUAUUUGACCCAAGUCUAAUAUUGAAGGUAAUCAAUGUCACAAAGAGCAUCAAGGCAGAAACGGAAAGAAUGGGCUGGUCCGACAAGGAGUCCGUGGACGCUUUCGAAAAAGGAAUGCGGAAACAAGGGUUGGGAGACCAUUUUGAGUUGGCCGUCAAAUUUAUACUGUUUACAAAAUUUUGGGGUGCUUUGGUCGUGGGUUUCGGGUGUUGGACAGGUUUAUCUUGGUUGGGAUCCCAGGCGAAUAAUGAGGCUGGUUCUUGCGAGACGAUGGGAAAAUAAUGCUUUGUUCGGAGAGAGGGGAUGGAAUGCCGUUCAAGAAAAAUCUGACUGGCUUGGAU